CUGAGUAUGUGUGUAAAUACAUCUGCCGCGAAAAUAUUUCCACCUUCGGUGGUUUGGAGCGUUUGUCACGCGGUCGUAUUUGGGUUUUUGCCGGUUUCCUUGAUAACUAGCAGCGCUGUUGGUAUUGAAGCUAAGUUUGUGUCUUUCACUCACUCAGUGGAGCAAAAGCUGUGUUUUUGGAGAUUAUUAUUUUGUCUUCAAUGUCAGUUGUUGUUGCGUGACAGCUCCAGGCGCGGCGUCAGCUUAACUUAAAGGGAAAAAAACUGAGCUCUGUUUAAUUUUUACUUUAUUUCGCGUGUCGUAAAGCCUUCACCUCUCCUUUAGUGUUUUCGGCUGUUAGCAGGCUACGACAAGGACAUUGGGAGAAUUAAACAUCUCAGUCAAACGGUCACUUUUUGGCUCUAGCUUAGUUAGCUUGCUAGCUAGCUACAUGGGUUGCUCCUCCGAUUGUAUAACGACACCUGUGGCAUUAAAAGGUUAAAUGCGUGGAUUUCUCUUUCCUGGAAGGCUAUCAGCAAGUUUCCCCUCCGUUGGACAUUCCAGAGGUUUUGAUUGACCACCCUAACUUUCUUGUGGUCGGUUUUCCAUUCAUGAGCCAAUGACCUCAACACUAAAGAUCACCAUUGAGUCGGCCUUGACCUCGAUCCCUUUCAUCCACCCCUCAGAAAAGAAGUUGAGCUUGUGAAAAGGCUGACGCAGGGUGCUCUUCCAAAUGCCUACCUCACGCCUAAAGAACAGAUUAUUGCAGCAAAAACCCUGAUCAGCAGCAACCAUGACAUCAAGUAUAGGAGAUGAUUGCAGCAUCUUUGAUGGGUUUAUAGAAGAAGAUGAGAAGGACAAGGCAAAACGCGAGUCCCGUAAUAAAUCUGAGAAGAAACGAAGAGACCAGUUCAAUGUCCUCAUCAAGGAACUUGGCACGAUGUUGCCAGGCAACACCAGAAAGAUGGACAAGUCCACCAUUCUGCAAAAAAGUAUCGACUUCCUGUGUAAACACAAAGAGAUUGCAGCCCAGUCGGAAUCAAGCGAGAUCAGACAGGACUGGAAACCUCCUUUUCUCAGCAACGAGGAAUUCACGCAACUUAUGCUGGAGGCUUUGGACGGUUUCUUCAUAGCAAUAAUGACUGACGGGAACAUUCUCUACGUCUCUGAGAGUGUUACAUCAUUGCUCGAACACCUGCCAGCCGACUUGGUGGACCAGAACCUUUUAAACUUCUUGCCGGUUGGAGAACACUCCGAAGUGUACAAGGCUCUGUCCACACACCCCGCUGACCUUGAGAGCCUCAAUACGGAUUACAUGAAGAGUAAAAAUCAUAUGGAGUUCUGCUGUCAUGUGCUGCGAGGGGCCAUCGACCCCAAAGAACCUUCAGUCUACGAAUACGUAAAGUUCAUUGGCAACUUCAAGUCUCUCAACAAUGCAGUUCCAAAUAUGACGAGGAAUGGCUUGGCGGGGGUGCUGCAGAGAUCGCUACAGCCCGCUUUUGAUGACCAGGUGUGCUUUGUUGCAACGGUUCGAUUGGCCAAACCUCAGUUUAUCAAGGAAAUGUGUACCAUAGAAGAACCCAAUGAAGAAUUCACCUCAAGACACAGCAUGGAAUGGAAAUUCCUUUUCUUAGACCACAGGGCUCCGCCCAUCAUAGGCUAUCUACCAUUUGAGGUUCUUGGAACAUCGGGGUAUGACUAUUAUCAUGUGGAUGACUUGGAGAUGCUAGCUAAAUGCCAUGAACACUUAUUGCAGUAUGGGAAAGGAAAGUCAUGCUACUACCGUUUUCUAACAAAAGGUCAACAGUGGAUCUGGCUCCAAACCCAUUACUACAUCACUUAUCAUCAGUGGAACUCUCGCCCAGAGUUUAUCGUCUGUACACACACAGUAGUCAGCUAUGCAGAGGUAAGGGCUGAGCAGCGCAGAGAGCUGGGCAUUGAAGAGUCUAAUCCAGAGGCCAAUGCUGACAAGAACCAGGAUUCUGGCUCAGAGUCUCAACUUAACACCUCCAGCUUGAAGGAAGCUCUGGAGCGGUUUGAAAGCCGAACACCUUCAACAUCGUCACGGAGCUCCCGCAAGUCCUCCUCGCACGUCUCUGACAACACCUGCACUUCCACAGCUCCAAAGCUACACAUGGACACAGCCACGCCUCCUCGGCAGUCAUUAGCCUCCACCAUGGAGAUGACUCCCCAGCGGUGCUCAUCGAUCAGCAGUCAGUCUAUGAGCUCUCAGACAACAGGCCAGAGUGCAAACCCGAGCAUGAUGUCUCAGCAGCAGCAGCAGCAGCAGCAGCAGCAGCAACAACAACAACAAACACAACAACUUCAGACAAAUGUACAGCCUGCCAUGGAGUUUACAGCGCAGGUUAACGCCAUGCAGCACCUUAAGGAGCAGCUGGAGCAGAGGACCAGAAUGAUCCAGGCGAACAUCCAGCGGCAGCAGGAAGAGCUCCGGCACAUCCAAGAGCAGCUCCAGAGAGUCCAAGGGCAGGGCAUACAGCAGAUGUUACAGCAGCAGCAGGGCGGAACGGUAAAUGUACCGCUCUCUCAGGCAGGGGCAGUCCCGCAGACGGCUCCUUUGGCUGGUCAGGUGCAGCAAACCCCAGUAAACUCCGUCCAAUCAGGAACUCUUCAGCUCACCAUUCAGCAGCAGCCGUCUCAGCAUCAACAAAGCAUACAGCAGCAGACCAACACGGCGGCACAGCCUCAGCGACAGUCCCAGCAGUCUUCACAGGCCCAGUCACAGAACCAAGGCUCAGUACCUGCUCCCCUGUACAGCGCCAUGAUGAUCUCCCAGCCAGGGCAGCCAAACGUGCUGCAGAUCAGCACCAGCCUAGCUCAAAACAACACGCAGCAAGGCGCAGCUGUAGCCACCUUCACACAGGACCGUCAGAUUAGAUUCCCUGCAGGGCAGCAGCUGGUGACCAAGCUGGUGACCGCUCCAAUGCAUGCAUGCAGUGCAGUUAUGGUGCCGUCUAUGUUCAUGGGACCGGUUGUAACUCCUUACAACCCCUUUGGUGGGCAGCAGCAGGGGGGCCAGACCCAAACCCUGACUCUUCAACCUGCCCAACAACCCCAAGGUCAGCCUGACAGCCAAAACCAAACCUCUGUAGUGACACAGAACAACCAGCAGGGGCAGCAACAACAACAGCAAUUCCUGCAGGGCACCCAUCUUCUCCACAGUAACCAGUCUGCACAGCUGAUCCUGCGGGCAGCUUUCCCACUCCACCAACAAGGAACUUUCACCCAGGCCACACUUCCUCAGCAGCAACAGCCAGUGCAGCAACAGCAGCAACAGCCAGUGCAGCAGCAGCAGCAGCAACAACAACAACAGCAGCAAAGGCAACACCAACAACAACAGCAGCAACAGCAAAGGCACCAACAGCAAAGGCAGCAACAACCGCAAUCUCACCACCAGAGGCACCAGCAUCAGCUGAAACCACAGCCUCAGAAACAGCCGAAAUCCUCCUCAUUGCACAGGCCUGACACCGUCAACAACCAGCAGUGAAACCUGGAGGUGGAAGAGAAAAGCUGGGAAAUAGGAACUCUAAUCAAUCUGCUGCACUCGUUUGUUUUGGUUGCACAGCUGCCUCAAUUCUCCACUCCCCUUCUGAAAGCUUCUCCCCGUGUUCCUCUGAAUGAAAUGAAUCCUUCAUAGGAAAGUCAGUGAGCCCACUCACCAAAGACUGUCGUUGUGGAUACAGGAUGGAAAUAACAACACAACUUUCAUCCGAUGCAGGAAAAAAAAUGAUCCAUGCAUCUAAUUGGAACAGUAUGACCGCCUCUUCACGUGGGUGUGUUAAUGAGGACUGAACAUGUACAGAUUUACUGUAUGAUAGAAAAAAAAAACUUGUAAAUAUCCAAUAUAGCCUAACAGAAAUGUAGUAUUUUAUAUGAUUGCAUGACAAAAAAAAUAACUGUGUAAGCUUUUAUUAGUCAAUUUGAAAUCUGAAUUUUUACUUUUAAGUGUUUUCUGGUCAAAGACGGAACAGUGAAAUGUUCUCAAAAGCCCUCUGCCCCUUCUCUUAAAAAAAGAAGAAAAAAAAAGAAAAAUUCUCCAGGCUUUAAAAGAUUUCUUGUGGUGAAAAAAAAAAAAACGACUUUUAGGCUUGGGA